AUGUCAAUCUCCCAAGCACCCCAAGCCCCCCGUGCGGCUGGGAACUCUGCUCAACGCGUCCUAUCUGCGGACGCCCGUCAUAAGGCCAGUCGUUCAGCCCGGAGGAGGAAUAAAAAGGACCGUCAAAGGAAUGGAGCAAGGGAACCACCCCUAUCUGAUCCAUGUCCCAACGCUCUUAAUUCUGGAAAGAGACAAUUGGAUGCUGCGACAGAGACCGAGACUCCCAAACCUCCAUCCAAGAAAGGCCGAGUAAGCUCGACAACCCAAAAAACGCCACAGGUUGAGAUUCCGACGAGAAGCCACAUGGAGGAGGUUUCACUUCAGGGGCAAUGGCCCGAAGGGUAUCACUCUUCUGAUUCAUCCUCUGAAGAAGAGUCACACUCGGUAGAGGAUGACAUAAAAGAGUCAGACUCGGCUUAUCGUGGCCCUUAUUCAGAGGAUGACUCAGCAGGAUCAAGCUCUUCCCGUGACUCUUCUAUAGAGCGUGACUUAGAAGAGCGUGAACACGGAUUUAAAUUGCCUGAACUCUUGCCUGGACCCUUUGACUGUACAGACUUAGUGAUGAGGGAGUACCGUAUCGUCGCUCGGGAAGAAUCGGCGGAAAGAGCCCGGGCUUCUGCCACCUCGGUAUUCGUGGAGAGGGAGCUUUCCAUCGUUUCAGAAGUACCUUCAGAAGUGUCUCUAGCCCAUGAUUCUGCAGACUCUGCGUCUCGAAUCGGAUCAGUCGAGCCCAUAGUUUCUAUAAACAUGAGAAUGCCACCUUUGGAGCCGAACUUGUACAACCAGGAUGAUAUGCCGGAGCAGUAUAUCGAUGGUACCUGGGUUGUUGUUACAGCCCCUUUUCCCCCAUCAGAAGACUCUUUGUCUUUUAAACUCAUCGCGAAGGCUGUCUCUGCUGCGUUGGAAAAAAUGGAACCUCCCGAUAUGAACGGCGCCCGGCAUGUCGAAAAUAGUGCGCAGUCCUGGAUGGUUGCCCUCCACUCCGUUACCGCCGCUCAGCGGUUGAUUGGAACAGAAGUUUGCUUCAAGAAUCCCGAUGGGAGCGAAAACAUUUUUAGUUUCUCAUCCUUUCCCAUUUCAAACGCCAUCGGUUUUGUUACAAACAGAACCGAGGGUAUCACCGCCCGACAGAUCGUGAUGGAGUUAUCAAGGAUCCUUCCAACCAAGGUGUUUGUUAUGGAUGAAAUGAAGUAUGGUAAAACCACCGGCCCCAAGAAAAGAAUAUUGUUUGAGAAGCCCCCGAACCUUCGUGUGCUGGAGCUGGAAUUUGGAAAAACCGUGAUCAAGUUCUUGGAGGAAGAGGCCAACGGAACAUGUUACUUCUGCUUGAAAAGCCACGAAAGUACCGAAUGUGAGUUCGCCUGUCGUGUGAAUGGGGAGACAUAA